GCUAUUGGUGGUUAGGCAUGAGAGGUGGACGGUGAUUGGCUAGUGCUGGUACAGAUGUCAACAGUGUUUGAGAGAGACAGCUGAAGCAACAAGUGAAUUAUUACGUGUACCUCAGGUGUCUACAGAUUACUGUAUUUAGUAGCUGCUUAAAUAACUGGCAAAUGUAACCAUCAUGGCAAAUUGGAAAAGCAAACAAAAGAGUUCUUCCUGGCAGCCUCCUACCUUUGAUGAUUUUGAUUCAAGUCCCUCGCCGCCUCUUGAGAAAAAAGCAGUAAAGCGUUUCCGAGAACCAGAUGCCCUGUCCCAUCUCGGAAAAAAAACACCUAAGGUAGGGUCAGCCUUGUGGGUUGAUGUAUAUUCCCCUACAACCCGAGAUGACCUGGCUGUUCACAAGAGAAAAGUACAGGAAGUGGAAUCAUGGCUGGUAGAAAGCAUGGCUGCUCUCAAGGGAAGGAAAUUCUUAUUGUUGACGGGUCCAGCUGGUUGUGGAAAGUCUGCCACAGUUCGGCUGCUGGCCAAGGAGGCUAGAUUGAAUUUUGUGGAAUGGAUUAACCCUACAACAACAGCUUACAAUUCAGCAUUCUUGGAACUAGAAAAUAUUUGGAUUCCCGAAGAUACUGUGAGAUCACCAGUCCCGACCCAAAACCGUUUUUGGGGCUUUUUUAUGGGGAGUAGCAAAAAUAAGAAGCGGUUUUGUGGGGAAAAGGGAAAAAUGAAAAAUUGGGGUUUUGUGGAGGACUUCCCUAAUGUUUUUUUUCAGGACAGUGCCUCUUUUUCUGUUUUCUACAGAAAAUACAACAUAAGAAACAUUGGUGUUCCAGUUGUGUUCAUAGUUACUGACUCCACCCAUCAGCAGAGCAGCCUCAAACAUCUCUUCCCUCCAGAUGUGCAGCAAGAACUCUCCAUGGUUAAUAUAGCGUUCAACCCUAUAGCAAGUGGAUUACUGGUGAAGGCAUUGAGUCGCAUAUUGAGUAUAGAGAGUGCUUCUGAGGGAAGAAAGAUGCAGCCACUCCCUACCCGUGAGACACUCCAGAUAUUAGCAGAAACAUCCGGCGGUGAUAUACGAAGUGCAGUCAAUGCUCUUCAAUUUGCAACUAAAAAAAAUUCAAGUCACCUUGAAGGGUUAUUCACUGGAUCAUCACAGACAAGAAAACUGACAAGACAUAAAUCCCUUAACAAAGCUCAACCAAGAAAAGAUGUUUCUAUAAAAUGUGAUAAUCUUGAUGGAUUUGCUGCAAUAGGAGGGAAGGAUGCUUCUCUCUUUCUCUUCAGAGCUCUGGGAAAAGUUCUAUACUGCAAACGUAAGUGUUAACUUUUAUGAUUAA